AUGGAGACCAAACAAACAAAGACUGAGAAUACUGAAACACCGAAUGAGCUGGGUUUUACAAAUUGUGAUAGCUGGCCAACGGACACCUCCAGGGGAGGUCGUGCGGGCAGAUUGAGUGUGUGGUGGAGUGAGGAUGUUGAUCUCGAAUUCAUGUACUCCUCCAACCACUGUAUUGAUAUGAAAAUCACUAAGGAAGGUGGAGCGAUAUGGAGGUUUACUGGAGUUUAUGGAUGGCCGGAGUCGAAUGAAAAGAAAAACACGUGGAAGUUAAUUGGGGAUCUAUCGAAUCAAUGGAGUGGCCCAUGGCUAUGUGGUGGCGACUUCAAUGAGAUUUUAAGUAGCGAAGAGAAAAGUGGCGGGCAAGGAAGGGACGAGCGGGAUAUGGAAGCAUUCCGGGACUGCCUUGCGGAUACUGACCUCAAAGAUCUGGGUUUCCAAGGCUACUGUUUCACUUGGGAAAAUAGAUGGCGUAAUGGUGGGUACAUUGAGGAACGUCUGGACAGGUUCGUGGCAUCAGAGUAA